UGUGUGUGUGCAUGUGUGCGUGUGUGUGUCCGUUUCUUCAGCAGAUGUCGCUGUUGUGACAGUUUUCCUCAUUCUUCAGGCUGAUAUGUAAAUAAAGCGGAAGUAGGGGGCGGAGUUUGGGCUCGGGGCGUUUAAAGCGCUUCCGGUGGCUCCUUCUCUCUCCGAAGCCUUCAGUGGCGGAGAUUCAGCAGCUCGGGAGAAAGGAAUAAUAAUAAGAAGCAUAAUGAUGAUGAUGAUAUCGAUACCGAAGUUAUCUUCCCGAACCGAGCCGAGAGCGCGUGGCCGGGAGGAAAGGAGCGCGUAACCGCGGCGCGCGGAGCCGUGCCUGUGUGUGCGCGCCCCCGCCCCGCUUCCCUCUCUGAUUAAGGCUUUAUUCCAGCAGCAGCAGCAGCAGCAGUGUUAAUGACCCUCUCACUCCUCUGGACUUGUCUAGUGUGUGUGUGUGUAGAGUGAGUGUUUGAGUGUGUGAGUGAUUGAGUGAGUGUGUGUAGAGUGUAUGUGUGUGUGUGUGUGUGUGUGUGUGUGUGUGUGUGUGUGUGUGUGUGUGUGUGAGAGAGAGUGAGUGAGUGUGUGGAUUUAAUCUGGGAGUGAAUAUGAGUGAGGAGACGAGCAAUGUUCCGAGAGAGCUGCUGGAGAGCGUUCGGGAUGCAGUGGGGAGGAAAAUCAAGCUGGGCCUUAAGAAGAAAGUCAAACUGGAGGUCAAAGGAGAUAAAGUAGAGAACAGAGUCCUGGCUCUGGCAUCACAUCGCGGAUAUCUCCUCACCGCACGCAUUCCUGCCAAGGUAGAACAGACUUUCAGCUAUUUGGAGAUUCAUGGCAUCACAUGUACCAAACCCACACAGUGUGUGGUGGAGUAUGAGAAAGGUCAGAUCUCCCUCAGACUGGUGUCCAUGGAGGAGGUGAACGAGGUGGUGUGUCACAUCGGUGUGUGUGUGCAGAGGAUCUGUCCCGCUCUGUCUCCUGUUAAGGUGAUGAAGAAGUUGUCCAUGGAGCCUCCAGAGAGAAUCGCGGCUCUGCAGAACGUCUGGGAGACUCAGAGUUCAGGAGAACCCGGACCCUGCGGUGGAUUCUCUCAGCAGUACAGGUGUGUGUGUGACUGGCUCGGCUUACCAUACAGAGAAGAAGUUCAGUGGGACGUGGACACGAUUUACCUGACGCAGGACACGCGCGAGCUGAACCUUCAGGACUUCAGUCACCUGGAGAACAGGGAUUUGGUCGCAAUAAUCGCCGUUCUGGAGUUUAACCAGUGGUUCACCAAACUCGCUACGAAGGACUAUAAACUGUCUGCAGACGUGUGUGAUCAGAUUUUUCGAGUCGUUGCGCGGUCCAGUCGUCUGGAGGAGCUCGUCCUGGACAACGCAGGACUCAAAACGGAUUUUGCGCAGAAGCUGGCGAACGCUCUCUCUCAGAACGCCGCCUCAGGACUGCACUCACUAAACCUCGCCAACAAUCCUCUGGAGGACAGAGGAGUCGCUUAUUUAGGCGCUCAGUUUGCUAAACUCCGUAAAGGCCUCAAACACCUCAACCUCUCCAGAACCUCGUUAUCACCCAAAGGGGUGAACAGCCUCGCCCAGUCGCUGAGUGGUAACCAGUCCAUGCCCAGCACGCUCAGCUACCUGGACCUCUCAGGGAACCUCCUGCGUGGAGAUGACCUCUCGCAUUUUUAUCAUUUCCUCGGCCAGCCGAACAGCCUGAGCACUCUGGACCUGUCCAACACCGACUGCUCACUCGACUCGCUUUGCUCUGCUCUCCUGAAAGGAUCUCUUCAGCAUCUCUCUGUUCUUAACGUCUCGAAGAGCGUCUUCGCUCACAGGAAAGGUAAAGAUAUCCCUCCUGCAUUUAAGCAGUUCUUCAGCAGCGUCCUCUCCCUCAGCACCAUCAACGUCUCGGGAACCAAACUGCCUCCCGAGGCUUUAAAAGCGCUCCUGCUCGGCCUGGCCUGUAACCCCAGCCUUAAGGAGGUGGCUCUGGACCUCAGCUGCUGUGAGCUGCGCUCUGGAGGCUCGCAGAUCCUGGAAGGCUGUAUCGCUGAGAUUCCCAACAUUUCCAGCCUCGAUAUUUCAGACAACGGUCUGGACUCGGACAUGAGCACACUGCUGGUGUGGCUCGCCAAGAACCGCUCCAUCAGACACCUGUCCCUGGGCAAGAACUUCAACAACAUCAAAUCAAAAAAUCUGGCUCCAGUCCUCGACAACCUCGUCCACAUGAUCCAGGAGGAAGAAUCGCCUCUGACGUCUCUGUCUCUGGCCGACUCGAAGCUGAAAGCGGAGCUGAGUAUUGUCCUGAACGCUCUGGGCAGUAACGGCUCUCUGACGCGAGUGGACAUCAGUGGGAACGGGAUGGGGGACCUGGGGGCUAAGAUGCUGGCUAAAGCCCUGCAGAUUAACAGCAAGCUCAGGACGGUCAUCUGGGACAGAAACAACGUCAGUCCACAGGGUCUUCAGGACGUCGCUGCGGCACUGGAGAAGAACUUCACCAUCCGCUUCAUGCCCAUCCCCAUCAUCGACGCGUCUCAGGCGCUGAAGGCGAGUCCGGAGAAAACCGAGGACGCACUGAUGAGGAUGGAGAACUACCUGUUCAGGAACCACGAAACCCGUAAAUAUGUCCAGGAGCAGGCGUAUCGUCUCCAGCAGGGCAUCGUCACCACCACCACGCAGCAAAUGAUCGACCGGAUUUGCGUGAAGGUACAGGACCACCUCAACUCCCUGAAGAACUCCGAGCAGGACGCCAUAUUGGAAGACGUCAAAAUGGCGGAGAACCUGAUAAAGGAUGCGAGGAACUCAAAAACGCUCCUCCCCAACCUGUACCACCUCGGCGCCGCGUCCCGAAAGGAGCUGAAUGGUUCCUCUGUCGGUCCCAUCCAGGAGAAACUGGACUCCAUGGCUGGAGAAGUGGCCCAGGUCAUGGAUGAGCAGCUCCAGAGUCUUUUGGAGUCGAUGGUGGACACAGCGGAGGGUCUCUGUCCUCACGUGAUGCAGAAACCCAACCUGCGAAGCGAGCUGAUCAAAGCAGGGACGGGGAAGAUGACGGUACCACGAAGCUUCGUCAAGAACACGCUGCUCGAGCAGUCUGGCGUUGACAUCAUCAACAAGAUCAGUGAAGUGAAGUUGAGUCUGGCUUCAUUCCUCUCCGACCGGAUCGUUGAUGAAAUUUUGGAAGCACUCUCUGGCUCUCAAAAUACACUGGCGGAGCACCUGGUGAGAAAAGGGCGCCCCCUGGUGCAGCAGGAGUCCCUGGAUUUGGACGUACCUGAGGUCAGAACCUCCAAACGGAGCACCAUGGAGCUGCUGGAGGCUGAGAGGCUGGACGACAUCGAGACCUGCAUGAUGACUCCAAAGUCGAAAAGGAAGAGCAUCCACAGCCGGAUGCUGAGGCCUGUCUCCAGAGCUUUUGAGAUGGAGUUUGACCUGGACAAGGCUCUGGAGGAUGUUCCCAUCCAUGUUGAAGACCCUUCACCUCCUGCCAAACUGGACAAAAAGCCACCGGGGGUCGUGGGAGAUCUGCCGUCCGAGGAAGCCAAGAAACUCCAACAUUACACCAAAUUACGGCCCAAGAGGAACAAGAAGACCCAUUCGAGCAGGGUUCCUCAGGUCAGCAGAAUGCAGUCUCAGGAUGGAGAGCAGAACGGCCUCAUGGGAAGAGUGGACGAGGGUGUGGACGAGUUCUUCUCCAAGAAAGUCACCAAGAUGGACAAGAAGAUGUCCGUGAAGGCCUCAGACUCUCAGGAUGCUGAAAGGAAGCGUGAUUUGCGCAAAGGGGGCUUCCUGAACCUCAUCAAGUCCCGCUCAGGCAAAGACAAGGAGAAGGACAAGGAGAAGGACAAGGAGAAGGACAAGGAGAAGGACAAGGAGAAGUCUUCCACUUUAGCCCCACCUCUAUCUCCAGUCCCCCAGGCUGCAGAGGAACCCUUGUCUCCUAAAGCAAAGUCCCAGUCAUUACGUUCAGAGCGUAGCAGCAGUUCGGAGCGUUCUGAAGAACUGAAGACGCCGGACUGUGGAGUCCAGGUGUUGGGCUCUGGCCUGCUCGCCGAGAUGAAGGCCAAGCGAGAGAAGAGAGCCAAGAUCUCUGACUCCUCAUCGAGUCCAGAGAAACCGGACGGACCUCCAUCAGGUCAGGGUAAGGUGGAGGUCAGCAGCACUGUAACGCCCCCUGACAGGACGCCUCGGGUUGGGGGGGAUUUUAAACCCGAGGCAGCACCGAGAACCCGAGGGUCAGGCCCGAACCCGACGAGCCCGAAACCUGUAAUUCAGAGCGCCAAACCGAGCCCAGGCCCUCGACCGGCCCUUCCGCAAAAACCCCGCAGCAGCAGCACACGCAGCAUCGACGAGAGCUCAGAGUCUCCUGCAGGAGGUCAUAAGGCUCCGUCUACACUUCGGAAAGUGGCCUGGGAAAAAGACGGAUCCUCGAAUCCUCCACAGAGCAGCUCCGGCUCCAAGAAUUCCACUCAGGAAGUGGACGUGACUGGAGGAGACGGUAGCGUAUUUAAACUCGAGCCUGAGAUGGAGAAAACAGCAGCACGAGCCCCGGAGGAGUCGGAGGGCGAGCGAGAGCGCAGGACGUCCCUCUCCCGACCCGCAAGAACAACCUCGAGCACGAACCAGCAGAGCUCGGACGAGAACGGGUCAAAGGUCAAGGACAAAUCGGCCGAGAAGGACAAGGACUCGAGUCAGAGCAGCAGAUCGGCAGAUUCUGGAGAGGAAGCAGAUAAAGAUUUUAUUUUUAUAUAGAGUGAGACAGAGAGAGAGAGAGAGAGACCAUAUCACUCUGUGUUUCCUCCAAGUUCAGGAAUCAAGACUGUUAAACGUACCGAUGCAUUCCAGCUGCACUCUCAGAUGUGUGUGUGUGUGUGUGUGUGUGUGUGUGUGUGUGUGUGUGUGUGUGUGAUAAUACACUCUUCAACUCUUCCGUAGCGUCUGAUCCAGUGUCUCUCGCCGGGACGGGACAGACGUCGCCGCAUGACGUGUCUUGCGUUAAUAUCCUCCUCACUCGUAUGCUAAUUAGGGCUGAAACACUGUUAAAGCGACUCUAGGGGGCGCUCUACUAUCUGCCCUCGUGCCUUAGAGCUCCACUGUACUGUGAUCAGACCGAGCAGGACUCUGACGGCGUCUCCAAUAACGUCUGCAUGUCUGAUUAUCCUUUAAACAAAACAAAAAUAACAAGAUCAAACGAUUUUUUGUGCUUGUGUGUGUCACGACGUUCUUCAGUUUUUAUCUAGUCUGUGGUUGAACAGAUGAACGGAUCGGACUCCUCGUACGAGAUCGGAUUUGACAUGUCUAACUUUUUGUCCUGCUUUUUAAAGUCAUACUGCAUGUUUGUUGUGCAUCUGCCUGCUGUUUCUCAGCCCGUCUGAGUCUUUGGAGUAUGUGUUCAUGAAGAACAGCAAAACUGAUCUAAGAUCAGACGUCUAAUCUCAGACUGUUCGCUUUGUUCUGGCGAUCUUGUAUUGUGUUCUUCCGCUAACGAGAGUAAGGAUCAUACGCUUUCAGUUAAUGAUGAUUCGAGAUUUGACUCUGGAUGUGACUGAAGUUCAGACCCAAGAUCAGACACUUCCUAAAUUAUUCAUCUCAAGUUAAGAUCAGAUUCCUCAACACUUUUGACCUAAGAUUUGAAUUUUUUUUUCCAGCUGUAAGGUUUGGAAUUGUAUCUAUCCUGAUCAUCCAGAAUAUGGUGCUGUAGAAUCAGAUUUAUCUCUGGACAUUUGGCAUCAGACCCCUCCAGUUCAAGGUGAUCUGGGAUCAGACUCAUCCAGUUGAGUGUGAUCCAGGGUCAGAUUUGUCCUCAGUUUUGUUGAUCUAAGAUCAGACCAGUUUGAUGAUGAAAUCUACAGUUAAAUUUUUCUAAAGCAUCUAGGAUCAGACUCCUAUUUAUGAUGAUUUAAGAUUAGAUUCCCUCUUUUAUUUAUGAUCAAUCUUAUCGAGGAUUAGAUUGGACGUGAUCUAGGAUCGUAUACUUAUUGCUUAUGUUGGUCUGAGAUUACAUUUAUCUGUUUAUUCCUCCGUUUAUCAAGAUCGGAUAUAGCGAUGAGUGAUGAGACUUCUUUAUAGUCAUGGGUGAUCAGACUCCUACUGUGUUUAUACUCGUGUAAGAUCAGGCCUCUCUGCUUAGGCUAAUCUAGGAUUGGACUCUUCUCCCAGACAGGAAGGAUAAGGAUCAUAUUCUUCCUGGUCUGAUGAUCUGAGGUCAGACUUUCAUGCUUUCAGUUUCUGCGAGUAGUGUGUGGAAAAAAUCGGAUUCAGGAUCAGACUCCUCUGUCUGUGGAUCAGAUUCUGAUCUUUAGGAUUUUAUUCUACAGCUUUUCUGUUGAUGAUGUAAGAUGAUUGGAUCAAUGCUGAGGUUCUUCAUGAACAUAUGACUUCUUUUUUUUGUUUUCGUGCCGCUGGAUUUCGUGUGUGUGUGUGUGUGUGUGUGUGUGUGUGUGUGUAUAUGUGUGUUUACACAUACAGUCAGGUCCAAAGGUCUGAGUCCACAACCGAGAACAAGUUUUAUUUCAUCUCGCGUUAAUUAAACGAACAAAAAGUUUUCAAAUAUGAACAGAUGUUGCCCCCUGCUGGUGCGAGCUGGAAUUAAAAAUUAUUUUAAAAAAAUUAUUUUUUUUUUAAACUGCCUUUGGAUGUUCUGGGAUUCUCGUAACACACACCAGGUUUCUGUUUUUAUUUAUUUUCCUUAACAUCGAACAUCUGGAAAAUGUAAAAAAAAAAUAAUAAUAAAUAAUAAAUUUAAAAAUUUUUUUUGGAAUUUCUCAAAAAAGGGCAAGAAAACUGAUGAAGUGACAUUUUGUCGAAAAUAAAUAAAUAAAAGAAAGAAGACUUCAGUACCAACACACACAUUCUAGCCACUUUGAUUUUUUUUAUUUAUUUUUUUUUUAUUUUUGUUUGUCUUUAAUUUGCCAAUUGAAAUUUUGCACAAUUUAUUUUCCAUGCACCGUUAACGGAAAGGGGUGGAGCUUAUAGCAGAUGAUUGACAGCUCAUAACUUGUGAUGUUUCAUCUGCACUUCCGUCUCCAUUUCCAAACUUUAAGUGUUAAUAACAUGUACGUAAAAAAAAAAAACACUUUUUACUUAAUUUACAGUUUUAAAAAAUAUAUCAAUUUAUAUAUAUAUAUUUUUAUUAUUAUUAUUAUUAUUUUUUCAGAAACCUGUUGGUGUUGAACUCUGAUGUUUGGAUCCUGAUGUGUUUAAUGAUUUAAUUGAGUCUGGGUGAUUAAAGUGAUGAGUAUUUUGUGUUAAUGAGGUACUUCAGCACAUUUUAUUUACACCGCGCCGUAAUGUAGGAUCAGAACACAAGCGGAAGUCGGUGCUUUUCCUUUGAUCUUUGUGUCCAGGCUCUUCCUCUUCCUCUUCCUCUUCCCUUCAGAUGUACAUUUUGUUGAUAUGAGUGAUUUAUAUUAACGUUAUUGCGUAAUGAUUUCAUGUUGUUUUCCGUUAAGGCGAGCUGGGAUUAGUGUGUGUGCAGAUUAGUGUUAAUAUAUAAUGUGAUCUUUUUAAAAGCAGCACGUGUGUGUGUUCUGUGUUGAGUUUUUUUUUUUUUGGUAAUCACAGUAUUUUGAUCUCGUUCGAACACGUUUCACACGUACAGACGUGUAGUUUGUGGACCUUUGGGUUUUUCCGGGCGCGUUUCUAUCAGUCGGGAUUAAAACUGAUUUUACACAUUUCCGGGGUCUGUGUGUUUAUUUCAGACGUUAGAGAUGCAGUGUACAGUUAUGGCUUCGCUCGGUUCCUACAUUCAUCAGCUUCCUGUUUAAAGAAAUAAUCAUUCUGGUUGGAAUUUAAUAAAGUUAUAGACUAGAUUUAGUAAAUUCAUAUAUUUCUAUUGACCCUCAUGGGAGUCAUCAUAUUUUUUUUCCAUUAGAUGGCGCUAAGGUACAGGCAUUGAGCUACUGCUACAACACUACAGAAAUAAUAAUAAUAAUACUACAAUAAUAAUAAUCAUAAUACAACAAUAAUAAUACAUUAUUAUUAUUAUUAUUAUUAUUAACAAUAAUAAUAAUAAUAAUGAUACAUUAAUAAUAAUGAUAAUAAUACAUUAAUAAUAGAGCGUUAUUGUCUCUUACAUGAAAUACAGCUGUAAAUGUACUGUUUAGUUUUAUCAUUCCUAAUAAAGCAGAAAUUGGACUUUAUCUCUGUGUCCCCAUCUCUGUCUGUCUGUCUAUCUUUCUCUCUGUCUGUCUCUCUGUCUGUCUAUCUUUCUCUCUGUCUGUCUGUCUGUCUGUCUAUCUUUCUCUCUGUCUGUCUGUCUAUCUUUCUCUCUGUCUGUCUCUCUGUCUGUCUAUCUUUCUCUCUGUCUGUCUGUCUGUCUGUCUAUCUUUCUCUCUGUCUGUCUGUCUAUCUUUCUCUCUGUCUGUCUGUCUGUCUAUCUUUCUCUCUGUCUGUCUGUCUAUCUUUCUCUCUGUCUGUCUCUCUGUCUGUCUAUCUUUCUCUCUGUCUGUCUGUCUGUCUGUCUUUCUCUCUGUCUCUCUGUCUGUCUAUCUUUCUCUCUGUCUGUCUAUCUUUCUCUCUGUCUGUCUGUCUGUCUUUGUCUGUCUCUCUGUCUCUCUUUCUUUGUCUGUCUCUUUGUCUCUUUCUCUCUGCGUCUGUCUCUCUGUUUGUCUCUGCGUCUGUCUGUGUCUCUCUGUC